AUUAUCUAGCUAGGCUAGCUGUUAUAAGCACUUCCAUCCCACUGAAUUGGCUGAAAAUUCACUCCGGGGGCUGAGAAAAUUAAGGUUCCAAUAUCAGCCAUGGACUACGAUGCCAAGAGAGUGGAAGAAGGCUUGGGCCAUGUUCACAAAGAAGAUAUCAGCGAGAAAGCAGAUAAGAUCGAGAAAGAUGAGAGUAGCGCAACACCAGCCCAGUCGGUGGAACAGAAGGGGGAGGAGCAGCCUCUUAUAAAGCAGAAAAGCAAGAGGGUGGCAACCUUGGAUGCGUUCAGAGGCCUCACCAUAGUGCUGAUGAUAUUGGUGGACGAUGCUGGGGGAUCAUAUGCGCGUAUUGAUCACUCGCCGUGGAAUGGGUGCACACUGGCAGACUUUGUGAUGCCAUUUUUUCUCUUCAUUGUAGGGGUCGCAGUCGCCCUUGCUCUCAAGAAAAUUCCGAGGAUAAGUCAUGCAGUCAAGAAGAUUUCCCUAAGGACACUGAAGCUUCUUUUCUGGGGAAUUCUUUUGCAAGGAGGAUACUCUCAUGCCCCUGAUGAUCUGUCUUAUGGAGUUGACAUGAAGCAUAUCCGAUGGUUCGGCAUCCUCCAGAGAAUUGCAGUAGUGUACUUUGUUGUGGCUCUCAUAGAGACACUAACCACCAAGCGCAGACCAACUGUCAUAGACUCUGGACAUUUCUCCAUUUUCUCAGCAUAUAAAUGGCAAUGGAUUGGGGGAUUUGUGGCAUUUCUUAUUUACAUGAUCACAACGUAUGCACUAUAUGUUCCAGACUGGAGUUUUGUGAUAGACCAGGAUCACGAAGCAAAGAGAUACACAGUAAAAUGUGGGAUGAGAGGACACUUGGGACCUGCAUGCAAUGCAGUUGGUUACGUCGAUAGACAAGUAUGGGGCAUUAAUCAUCUCUACUCGCAGCCUGUUUGGACACGCUUGAAGGCUUGUACUCUUAGUUCUCCAAACUCUGGCCCUUUUCGUGAGGACGCUCCAAGUUGGUGCUAUGCUCCAUUUGAGCCUGAAGGCCUGUUGAGUACAAUUUCAGCUAUCCUCUCAGGCACCAUCGGCAUCCAUUACGGACAUGUUUUGAUUCAUUUUAAGGGUCACGCUGAAAGGCUCAAGCAAUGGGUUUCAAUGGGGAUUGUCUUGCUUAUUGUAGCCAUCAUUCUUCAUUUUACAGAUGCUAUUCCCAUCAACAAACAGCUCUAUAGCUUCAGCUAUGUUUGUUUCACAGCGGGUGCAGCUGGAAUUGUAUUCUCUGCAUUCUAUUUAGUGAUUGAUGUUUGGGGAUUUCGGACACCAUUCUUAUUCCUAGAGUGGAUUGGAAUGAAUGCAAUGCUCGUGUUUGUGAUGGCAGCUCAGGGUAUCUUCGCCGCAUUCAUAAAUGGAUGGUAUUAUGAAAGUUCGGAUAACUCACUGGUUCAUUGGAUCCAAAGACAUGUUUUUAUUGACGUUUGGCACUCAGAGAGGUUGGGGACUCUCUUAUAUGUGAUAUUUGCUGAGAUCACAUUCUGGGCCGUGGUCUCGGGCAUCUUGCAUAAAUUGCAUAUAUACUGGAAGCUCUAGAAGCCAAAAAUUAUGAGAAGAUAAAUGGAGGAUUUGGAGAUUUGCUCUUACUUGCAACAAUCAUAUGUAUACUUUAGACCUUCGGUGGUUCCUUUCUCAUUGACUUGUCUGUUUGUAUGUUGUUUCUUUUUUUGGUUAAUGCAGAUGUAAUAUAUGCUUCCUUUAAUUUGAAACUACAUCUUUCAAUCUC